CAUCUUACAAAAGAUUAAUCUGUUCUUAAAAGCUCCAAGCUAUCAAUAAUGUGAAACGAUAGUCUUAUAGUAAUGUUUCUUUUGACAUUGGUGGUGAUGAGAUGAUCUUUUGGUGAAUAAAACCCUUAACAAAGUAAUGGCUUGCAGUAAAUACGAGCUUGGAUACGAUGACAAAGUAAUGGCUUGCAGUAAAUACGAGCUUGGAUACGAUGACGAUCGCUUUGCGAUUGUUGUUAGUCAAAGAUUUCACUGCCCAAUUUGUUUGCUGGUUCUUAAAGAUCCUGUCAUGUGCAAGAACGAACAUUACUAUUGUUCUUCAUGUAUAAAGAAAUAUUUGGAAAACUCAGCGAAUUGUCCCUCCUGUCUGGAAUAUCUCAGCGUCGAGACACUAAAGCCAGCUCCGAGAAUUGUCAUGAAUUAUAUAUCCGAGCUGAAUAUACGGUGUGAUUUCCACUCUAGAGGUUGCCCGGAAAUGGUUCAAGUUGGUGAACUCAAACGUCACGUUGAAAGUUGUGGAUUCUCUCCCGUGCAAUGUUCUAAUGACGGAUGUAAUGUUGUCGUGAAUGCGAGGGACAGGCUUCAUCAUGAGGCUGAGGUAUGUGGUUUUAGGAAAUUAAAAUGUCAUGAUUGUGGUCAACUAAAGAACGAAAUGAGAGAAAUAAAAGAUAAAAUGUUGCUUGCUCAGAAUGUAAUGAAAAUUGAAAUGAAAGGAAUGAAAGAUGAAAUGAAAGGAAUGAAAGAUGAAAUGAAAGGAAUAAAAGAUGAUAUGUCGGCUUGUAACAAUCAGAGUAGAAAUGAAGUGAAAGGAAUAGUGGAAAAUAAAAUUGAGGCAAUGAAAGAGGAAGUGAAGCGUGAAAUAAAAGGAGAAGUAAAUAAAAUCAAGGAAGAAAUAAAAAAGGAAAUGAAGGAAAUGAAAGUGGAAAUGCAAAAUGAAGUAAAAGAAACAGUCAUGACAGCAAUAAGAGAUGCAAUGGCUGGGAUGAAAGAUCUCACAGUCGAAAUGCAAGACCCAGGGAAAAGUUUACAAGGGGCAUGUUCUUCAGAUGCAAGGGAAAACAUCCUUCUUGGUAGAGAGGGAGAAAUGAAUAAGAUAAAAAAAAUGAAAGAUCUGAAAGUUGAAAUGCAAGACCCAGGGGAGAGUUUAAAAGGGGCAUGUUCUUCAGAUGCACGAGAAAGUAUCUUCCUUGUUGGAGGACAACACAGGGACGAGACUGGGAUAUGGAUAAAGAAUAAAUCGGGUGAGUGUUUCAAUUGGGCUGAUCAAACCUGGAGAUUGCUGAAUUUUGCAAAAUUCGAAGGUCGCACAUCUGCUUGUUCAUUCCUGUAUCGAGGACAAAUGUUUGUUGCAGGAGGAACUGAUGAUAGUGGUCAUCAAACAAAUACUGUGACAUGUUUAAAUUUCGAAGAUCCAGAAGCCACAUGGAAAGAUUUCGCUGUCAAUCUUCCUGUCAAGUGCCGUGGUCAUAAAGUUGUUAACAAUGACGAUUGUCUCUAUAUGUCUGGAGGAAAGACCGAGCAGAUGAAAUCUAUUGGCAGGAAACAUCGCAAACUUGAGAAAAGGUCCAAUCAUUUUGAUAUUGUUUAUGAAGUGCAAUUAGUUCGGCCAUAUUCUAGUAAGAUCUUGACAAGACUACCCCAACCAAGGUCUUAUCAUGGCAUGGAAAUGUUUGAUCAGAAAUUGUUCAUUCUUGGAGGGUACGAUGGCAGAAUGAUCACAGCCAGUGUAAUCCAGUAUGAUCUCAUCAAGAAUGAAUGUAAAGAAAUGCCUCGAUUGCCAUACCCUGUGCAAAACAUGGUGACAGUUUUAUGGCGGAAUCACGUGCUUGUGAUUGGUGGGGAAGAUGCAAGUUAUCAGAAAUUGAAUAAAGUGAUAAUGUAUGACGUCAUUACAGGACGUUCUGAAAUGUUGCCCAAUAUGAGGAUGGUGCGAUGUGGUUGUUCAGCGGUCUUAACUGACAAAGUUGUAGUGGUUAUGGGAGGGCGGAAUGCAGAAGGCAAAGAUCUGAAGUCAGUGGAAUGUUUUGAUUUGGAGCGACGAGUUUGGGAAGAUCUGCCUGACAUGAUUGAGCCAAGAGCAUACGCCACUGCUGUUGUGAAACCAAACCAUUGAACUCAAAGAACAUUCAAGAACGUUGUUCUUAGACCGUAGCUUUAAACAUGAACUCUUUGUUGAGAUUGCUGAGACCUUGAUUACACACUGAGAACUUAUAAUACAUAUAGAACAUAUAAAAACACUCCGAUAAAAAAUACAGCUAUGCUCCCCAAUUGGUCAAUCAUAUAAAAAAUAUCGAUAUUUAUACGGCCAAGGCGCGAUUUGCAAUGUGUCAAAAUUGUUUUUCACACAUACAACUAAAAAUUGUUGCUAUGACUAGCAGACUAAAGACUAAAGUCUAAAGAAGUCUAAAGAUUAAAAAACGAUGCGUCUGGUACAAACCUUUUCGAAAUUAUGUUGAGCUCCCAUGAACACCUUUACACAUCUUUCUACCGGGGCAUACGGUCGCACAUCCCAUAUACGAACUAUAAGAUAGAUAAUAUUAUUAUCAAGUGUUUAGAAAAGAUUUCUAUACAUUUUGAGACGGAGAUUUCAAUAUUGUACUGAUGGAGACAUCACUAUUGUAGUGAUUAGAUAAAAGAUAGAGUAAUAUUAUAGUAAUCUGAUGCUUAUUCAAUGUCAUAUUAUAUAAACAGAUUGUGUCCACAAAUACCUGUGUU